ACCAAUGGACAUGUGGCAAACCGCGUAUUCCCGGCCGUCGAACCGAAUGAGUGACCAAGCUGGUUUAUAAGGAAUUACCCACAACAUCGGCAAGGUUUAGAGCGACGGCCAUCAGUUGUCCAGUGGGUAGAACGCUAGACACAUCAGUGGACAGGCCUUAAUUGGAACGACGUAUGAUUUCUACAGCCAAAUCUUUGCCUCUUGAGCGGAGAGGUGGGGAACCAACUGGAGGAGCGGCCAGGCCCCCGGCAACGUUCCAACAAUGCUGUUGGUGUAACCUAGGAUUCUUCAAAAGUGCUUCUACCGGCUUUCUAAUACGGUGGAUUCGUUUCAGAGUUCUGGGCAAGCUGAUUCUAGGCCGCAAAAGAAAUUUGUUCAUGUCGUAUGCAGGGGCGAGCUAGGGUCCCUUGAAUGCUUCGCAUACGACUACUACUCAUAUAGUCACCAACUGAGGGGGCAGGACUCCAAACUGAAGUUAUAGGCCGCUGGUUCGGUAGU